GGCGCAUCCGAUUUUGUAGUUUGCACAGACACGCGAUUCGCCCCCCGGGGGUGGGAGCUGGCCCCAGUACGGAGUCGACAUGUCUGAGUCCUGACACUUCAACAGUAGGGUGCCGCGCAGCUUGUACAAGGAGCGCAAGCGUGGACUCGAGCUCGCCCGUCGGGCCUGGCUGUCUCGAAAAGGCUUGGUUGGCAAAGACCACCAAGCUGUACACAGUAACCAAGCGGUCGAGUGGCUGCCAAGUGGGGGUGGCCUGACCGCUCCUCGAAGACUCAAUGGAGCUCAAUGGAGUUCAAUGCCGGGGCUGGGGCGUCGCCAUUCGUCCACGAGCUGCAUGCGGCCUUGGACACACCAAUGCUUUGCAGACACAUGCACCUCGGGCUCAACCAGCCAUGUCCAGCGCACGCCGGGGCUUGUUCGCGAGUUAAGUAAUGGGCCGAGGUGGCCGGGACGUCUGGUACUCUGGUCGACGGCAGGCUGGGCUGGUCGGGCGUGGGGCUGGGAACUUGCUUGGAAGCUGGAGCUUUGGGCGGGAAGAUCUGAGCGGGUGUCUUGGCGUGGUUGGGCUGCUGCCAGUCGCUGCCAAAAUUGUCCAGAAAUCGGAGGGCGGGAAAGGAACAAGAACCGCAGCUUCGGGUGCUUGAUGGGGUCUCCGACAAUAUCUUGUUUUCUUGUUUUCUUUUCUACUGUGUAUGUAUUGAGGAAAUACCGGUGGCUGGCUAAUGAUCAUCCCCGGAUCAAGAACGGACGUCUUGAGCCUUCGGCGACCUUCGGCUUGCGAUUGUCUCGGCGAACUGGGCGUUGAUGAACGAGAUGCGCGGAGCGAGCCGUCUGCAAUCCGAGGUCCGAAUCAAAUCGCACAUGGCUUCCACAUGGAGUUCGACGAACCAAUGG